CGGGGCCCGCCGCCAUGAGCGGCGCGGGCGGCUCCCACAUCACCUACGCCAGCCGCAAGCGGAGGAAGCCGGUGCAGAAAACAGUAAAGCCAGUGCCAUUGGAAGGAGUCAAGUCCAACCCGUCCAAGAGACACCGCGACCGGCUGAACACAGAGCUGGACCGGCUGGCCAGCCUGCUGCCUUUCCCCCAAGAUGUCAUCUCCAAGCUGGACAAGCUGUCUGUGCUCAGACUCAGCGUCAGCUACCUGCGAGCUAAGAGCUUCUUUGAUGCUGCACUAAAGUCUUCCCCAGCUGACCCGAAUGGAAGUCGGGAGAACAGCAGAGGCCAACUGCAGGACAGCCUGCGCCUACAGGAAGGGGAACUCCUGCUACAGGCACUCAGUGGCUUUGUGCUGGUGGUCACCAAAGAUGCCCUGGUCUUUUACGCCUCUUCUACAAUCCAGGACUACCUGGGGUUCCAGCAGUCUGACGUCAUCCAUCAGAGCGUGUUUGAGCUCAUCCACACCGAAGACAGAGCGGAAUUCCAGCGUCAGCUGCACUGGACGUUGAAGCCAGGCCAGGCUGCAGACUCAGCACCCCAAGGACAAGAAGGCCAUGGCCUGAACCAGACCUCAGGCUUUUAUAACCCAGAGCAGCUUCCUCCCGAAAACUCCCCUUUCUUGGAGAGGUGCUUCAUCUGCCGCCUCCGAUGUCUCUUGGAUAACUCAUCUGGCUUCUUGGCCAUGAACUUUCAAGGACGGCUCAAACUCCUUCACGGCCAGAACAAGAAGGCCAAAGAUGGGAGUUCCCUGGCCCCUCAACUGGCUCUGUUUGCAGUGGCCACACCGUUGCAGCCUCCGUCCAUCCUGGAAAUCCGGACCAAGAACUUCAUCUUCAGAACCAAACACAAACUAGACUUCACUCCUACAGGCUGUGAUGCCAAAGGAAGACUUGUUUUAGGGUACACCGAGGCAGAGUUAUGCAUGAGGGGAUCUGGGUACCAGUUUGUCCAUGCUGCUGAUAUGCUGUACUGUGCGGAUAAUCAUCUCCGAAUGAUUAAAACCGGAGAAAGUGGCAUGACAGUGUUUAGGCUUCUCACCAAGGAGAAUCGCUGGACCUGGGUUCAGUCGAAUGCACGUUUGGUGUAUAAGAAUGGAAGACCAGAUUAUAUCAUUGCAACACAAAGACCACUCACCGAUGAAGAAGGAAUGGAACACUUAGAGAAACGCAACACGAAGCUGCCUUUCAUGUUUGCCACGGGAGAGGCCGUGUUGUAUGAGGUCACCUUCUCCUUCCCUGCGCUGAUGGACCCCACGCUGGUGAGAACAAAAGGACCUGGGACUGGGAAAGACGGCGCCUCCAGACACCCUCAGAGCCAAGAAUCGUUUCACCCCAGCUCGCUUCUGGGCGCCAUGCUGCAGCAAGACGAGUCUGUGUACCUGUGUCCCCCCGCGCCUCAAGCUGCGCCCCUGCAGAGGGGCUUCGGCACUGAGACGGUAGAGGACCUGAGCAGGAUCGUGAGCGGGGACUGGCAGGAGAGCCUCGUGCCCUUGGGGGGCGAGGACGUGCUGCAGCAGGAGCAGAUGCAGCUUUCUCACGAAGCCAGCUUGGAUCACACAGGCCCCUUCCCCGACAGCAGAAACAGUGAAUUGCAUGGCAUCAUGAGAAGCCUGGGCAUCGAUUUUGAAGAUAUCAGGCACAUGCAACAGGAGGAGUUUUUCAGAACUGACCUUUCUGGUGGGGACGACAUCCGAGACAUUGAUCUGACAGAUGAAAUCCUGACCUAUGUGCAGACUUCCUUAAACAAGUCCACCUUCUCCCAUUCAGGUCCCCAGCCCCAGCCUCCCCUGCAUCCCCAGCCUCCCCUGCAGCAGCAAUACCCUCGGCAGUCCCAGCCUCCCCUGCAUCCCCAGCCUCCCCUGCAGCAGCAGUACCCUCGGCAGUCCCAGCCUCCCCUGCAUCCCCAGCCUCCCCUGCAGCAGCAGUACCCUCGGCAGUCCCAGCCUCCCCUGCAGCAGCAAUACCCUCGGCAGUCCCAGCCUCCCCUGCAGCAGCAAUACCCUCGGCAGUCCCAGCCUCCCCUGCAUCCCCAGCCUUCCCUGCAGCCCCAGCCUCCCCUGCAGCCCCAGCCUCCCCUGCAGCAGCUGCCGCAGGGGGUCCCUCACGUCCCCAGCUCCAGCUGCAUGGUCCAAGAACAGUUGGAGCAGCAGCGGCGGCAGCAGCAACAGCAUCUUUGUCAGAAGAUGAAGCACCUGCAGGUGGGCGGGGUGUUGGCCAGCUGGAGGCCGGGCGACCCCGAGCCCUUCCCUUGUUCCCAGCCAGAGACACAGUCCUAUGACCUCUUUCCCGAUCCUGAGUUCCCGUACAAGUCUGAAUUCAGCACUCUGCCCUAUGCCCAGGGCUUGCUGUCCUGCUCCCAGGCUCUGUUCCCCCAGCCGUCCACCCUGAGCCACUUAGACUUUCCCAUAGGAAGUUUUGAACGGUCACCAUACCCAAUGUCUCCCUUAGGAGACUUUGCUGGCUGUUUACCACAAACCCCAGAAAACGCAGGGUAUGGGGGCCAUUCGCAGCCCACCCUGGCCGCCCCUCCAGCGUGUUAUGCGGGGGCUGUCUCGAUGUUUCAAUGCCAGCCCGAAGGCCAGGCCUCCAGCGAGGGUGCCAUGCAGUACAACCCCAUGGCCUCCAGUCAGAACACGUUGUUAGACAAGUUUCAGAAUGGUUUAAAUGGAGACAUUUUAAAUGAAACCUACCCAGCUCAAUUAGACGGCCUGAACGACCCUCAGGCUGCUGCCUGUCUCCACCAAGCAGAAGCCAGACCCUUCCCGGACUUACCAUCCAGUGGGUUCCUAUGAUGCCUGCCCCGGCCUGCUCACCUGGCCAGGUAGAUACUGCUUGUAAAGAUCGAGAGGAGCCUCAGGCAGGGACACUGCCAGAAACAACCAGACCAGGAGAAGCAUCCAGCACUUAUCCAUCCAGAACAAUGCUCUGCCCAGACUGGACCGUGGGGCAGACGGCCCCUGAGACACUGACUCAGGAAGCCCAUGGGAGCAUCUGUAGGCAGAGCUGGGAGGGAACUCCCCCUCCUCCUCCCAUGGGCCGCAGCCCCACAGGGCCGGGCCCUUCUCCUUCCAGCUCUGACUUCGGCCGCUGCUCUCCGUGCGGUCGUCAGCUGCUCCUGGGCAGGAGGUUUGGGCUGUGGGGGUCCAGCCUGGAGAGUCCUGCCCCGGCCCCAGCGGGGUGCAUGCCUCCUCCACGGCCACCCAAGUGCCUCUGGGAGCGCAGGGAUUUUUGAUAGUAAAGACCAUUUCCUUUUGAAUAAUUGCAUGGAUUUCAGCCUCUCCCUACUUCAUUCUGUCAUUUGGACUUUCAAAAAGUACACUCUCGGUGCAGCUCUAUUUUACCUGUGGUCGUCUUCCCUGCUUUUCUUCAGGUAAUAGAAGGUUAAACGAAAAUAUUUAUUUAAAAGAAAAUAAUUGAUUAUCUUGCUGUUUACUUUGAGACUUUAAAUGUUUGCAACGUGCCUUAUCUUUUAUUGAAAUACAGUCCUCUUCAGAAACAAAACUCAUCUUUUCUUUCCAAAUAAUAGUCAUGAAAUUUAUAUUAAAAGAGUAACACUUAUGGGGCAGCUAGGUGGCACAGUGGAUAGAGCGCCAGCCUUGGAGUCAGGAGGACCUGAGUUCAAAUGUGGCCUC